CAUCCCGACGCGUUCGGUUCGUAAUAUUGCAAAGGGAGUCCAGAGAACCCUUCUCUCCCUCCAAGGCUCACCCUGCCUCCAAUCGUUCUCGGAGAUAUCGAACUGUCCAUUUAACCCGCAAUUCUUCGACCUCCGAAUCCCCUGCAAGCAUGCCUCUUCUCUUCCGGCCCACGUCACAGCUAUUUCUGCGCCAGAUCCAGCGCUGUGCGUACUCAACCGCGCCGUCGAAAGUCCUAAAUGUCACCAACAUUCCCGCGCCCCAUUGCGGCAGCAUCCGCAUACUCUCGCUCAACCGCCCCGCCGCACGCAACGCCAUUUCAACAGAAUUGCUCGCCGAAUUGAAGCACCAAAUAAAGAGCGUACACGAUGAAGGAAGCAGAGGACCUACAAGGGCUCUAAUAUUAGCUAGCGAUGUGGACUCCAGCUUUUGCGCGGGCGCAGAUCUCAAGGAGCGCGCUUCCUUUACUCCCCAAGAUACAGCUAACUUUCUCAAAUCUCUCCGGAAGACCUUUAAUUCUAUCUCAAAUCUACCCCUCCCCACGAUCUCCGCCCUUGCGGCUCCCGCGUUCGGCGGCGGCCUUGAGCUCGCUCUGACAACCCACAUGCGCGUCUUCGCCUCCACAACGACCGUCGCGCUCCCUGAAACGCGUUUAGCGAUCAUACCAGGCGCAGGAGGGACGUAUCGCCUGCCAGCACUGAUUGGGCAAUCUCGGGCGCGAGACCUGAUUCUUACGGGACGAAGAGUUGGCGCACCCGAAGCGUACUUUUUGGGGCUCUGCGAUAGACUGGUACAAGUGACAGCGGAAGAGGCACAAGAGCCGGGCGCCGCCAGGAAGAAAGUGCUCGAGGAGGCUGUGAAGCUUGCUCGAGAGAUCUGUGAGGGUGGGCCGAUUGCGAUACAGGCUGCGAUGGCAGCGGUCGCGGGCUGUGCUGUAGGCGAGGCGGCGGAGAAUAUGGCCUAUGAUAUGGUGGUCAACACGCAGGACCGCGAUGAGGCGCUGUUGGCUUUCAAGGAGAAGAGGAAGCCGGUUUUCAAGGGCCGAUGAGUAAACCAAAAGAAUCGUAUACAUCCGACGGACUUCAUGCAUCACUCCGGUUCCCAGGGACGGGAUUGCAAUGUGACCAUUUGCGCAUUUGUAGUAUUUCUUCCAAUGUCUCCCUCCGCCGCCCCCUCCCUCC